AUGGUAAUCUCAGGAGAGAUGAUAGAGAACGCUGUCAAAAGUGGCAAAAUUGAAGGGUCCGAAAAGAAAACAUUGGUGAGAGGUCAUCUUAUCGCUCCUUCUUAUGUAAAACCAUUAAAGCCACCUUACCCGAGUUGGUAUGACCCUAACGCUAAGUGCGAUUAUCAUUAUGGUGUUACAGGACACUCUAUUGAAAAUUGUACAGCACUUACACAUAAGGUGCAGGGUCUAAUAAACGAUGGCCUUUUAACUUUUGACACCAAAUUCAAGCCAAGUGUUAGUGAAAACCCUUUGCCAGAUCACAUCGGAGGAAAAAUUAAUAUGGUGGAUAAGGAAAAAGAUGUGAAAAUCAAAAGAUGUAUGGAUGAAAUAAAGACUCCUUUUAAAUGGGUGUAUGACUAUUUAUGCAAGGCAAGUAUGAUUCAACUGUUGUUUUUGGAUAACAAUGGAAGUCAUGGAAACCCUGACCAUUCUUGCAAGUACCAUAGAGGAUUGGUUGGACAUUCGAUCCAAGGUUGUGAGGACUUUAAACGAAUAUUGCAGAGCUUGAUGGAUGAGGCCAUCAUUGAGUUUUAUGAUGAUUGUGAUGAAAAUAGUGUGAAUACAGUAGGCGACAAUCAUUUUGGCAAAUCUUUUAUCCCCAAACCUCUCACUGUCUACUAUGAUGAAAAACCAAAGCCCCUAACAAAGAAGACCAUCUCUUUUUUUAGGAUACCAAUGACCAUUUAUGUCCCUAGUCCAUUCCCUUAUCAAACUAACAAAGUAGUCCCAUGGAGAUACGAUUAUGAUGUGGUGAUGCGAGGGCCUGAUAUGACCUCGAAUAAUCCAAGUUCAAAAAAUACUGUCAACAUAGUAAGAAUAAGAGGAAUGACACGAAGUGGUCGAAUUUACACUCCUGAAAUGUCAGAAAGGGCUAGGAAAGGGAAAGACAAGAUAAGAAAAGAAGACAUAAGGGAAAACCAAGAUUCUCAAUCGAUGGUAAGCUCAAAAGGGCAAGAUAACAAACCGAUGUCAGAAAAAAAAGCUUAUGAAUUUCUAAAGAUCAUUAAAUAUGGUGAGUAUAGUGUGGUUGACCAGUUAAAUAAACUAUCAGCUCGUAUUUUUUUAUUGUCGUUACUAUUGAAUUCUGAGUCACAUAAGAAUGAUUUGCUGAAAGUGCUCAACCAACCUUAUGUCGAGCAUAACAUUUUUGUUGAGAAGGUAGAUCACAUGGUUGGAAAUAUUAUAGCCUCGAAUUUCAUCACCUUUAAUGAUGAUGAAAUACUUCCGGAAGGAUGUGGUAGUGUUAAGGCUUUACAUGUUACUGUCAAGUGCAAGUCUCAUAUUAUGGCUAAAGUACUAAUUGAUAAUGGAUCAUCUAUUAAUGUUAUGCCUCUGAUGAUAUUGUCAAAGCUUCCAAUGGAUCUUUCUCACAUGCGAAAUAGCCAUAUGAUUGUAAGAACAUUUUAUGGGACACGAAGAAAGAUUUACACCAUCGAAGUUGUACCUUCAUCUCUACAUCAGAAGGUAAAAUUCAUCAUGAAAGGAAAACAAGUCUGUGUGGAUGGUGAGGAGGAUUUAUUGGUAACAAAGACCUUAAAAACUCUUUACAUUGAAGCAGCAGAAGAAGCAAUUGAAUGUUCUGUUAGAGCUUUUAAACUAGCAAAUGCUACUUAA